CCCCGUCCACUUGGCUUUCUGACGGCGGCGGCGGCAGCAGCGGCAGCAGAGCACUGGGGCCAUGGCAGAGGACGGGCCACAGCAGCCACAGCUCGAGAUGCUGCUGGUCCAGGACCAUGACCUGACCAGGCAGAUGCGGCUGCGCGUGGAGAGCCUGAAGCAGCGUGGGGAGAAGCGCCAGGACGGCGAGAAGCUGCUGCGGCCGGCCGAGUCCGUGUACCGCCUCGACUUCAUCCGGCAGCAGAAGCUGCAGUUCGAGCGCUGGAACGUUGUGCUGGACAAGCCGGGCAAGGUCACCAUCACGGGCACCUCGCAGAACUGGACGCCAGACCUCACCAACCUCAUGACGCGCCAACUGCUGGACCCCGCUGCCAUCUUCUGGCGCAAGGAGGAUUCGGACGUCAUGGAUUGUAAUGAGGCCGAUGCUCUGGAGUUCGGGGAGCGCCUGUCAGAUCUGGCCAGAAUCCGCAAGGUCAUGUACUUCCUCAUCACCUUUGGCGAGGGCUUGGAGCCCGAUAACCUCAAGGCCUCUGUGGUUUUUAACCAGCUCUGAUGGCAGCUGCUCACUGCUGUCCCCCCCUCUCACCCAGCUGCCCUUUCCGCUGCCCGUGGCCCCUCCCCGCAGGUGUGUGUUUGGGGACAUUCUCCUAGCUGCCCACCCUGUCCUUGGUGUGACCAGGGACCCCUGGAGUCCUGCGUCCUUCCUCUGCUCCUUUUCCCUCGUGCUGGUGCUCCAGCCCGCAGGAGGAAGAUGCAAAGGCUCUGUAGUCUAGAAGCUGAACUGGCUGCCGCUGCUUGCACCAUAGACGAUAGAAGCCUGGUCAGGGCUAGUGUGGAAGAUGGGGAGGCCACGAGCACCUGCCUUCUCUCUGCUUCGCUGCGGAAGAGAGACUGAGAGAGACUGAGAGAGUGACAGGGACAGAUGUAGCCACAGGGAGAGAGAGGGAUCCAGAGACCCGCCAUCCAGCUUCCUACGGAGUUGGGGAGACUGAGACGACUGAGCAGCCGCCUCGGGGCAUCCAGCCAGCAAAUGUUUGAGGCCCGGCUGGCCACGGUGCCUUUGGCCGAAGCCUCGUCUGGUGGCGGACAUCCAGCCUGGGGACCCAGGAGGGUGCUCUUCCCGGAACGGGCCUCAGGGCCCUCGGGAGGCCGGGCAGGAUUGCAGUGGCGUUGAGAUCUCUCCAUCUGGGGCACGCUGGAGGGUGUGCAGGCCCAGCACUGGCUCUUCUGGGAACGACUUUGGGGGUGGGGCAGUGAAGGGGGGAUAUGUAUAAAAGUCGCAUAGAGAUCUAUAUAUCUAAAUACACGUACAUAAAUAUAUUGAGAGAGAGCAUGCUAUAUUCAUACUGAUAUUUUUAGAGGUACAUACCUGCCCUACGUACAAAUUCUAUUUUAUAUUAUUUAUAUGGUUGCCCUGGGGGUCUUAGCAGGGGCUUGGCCAGAAUGACUUCGGGAGGGCCUUCCUGUCCUGGGAGACUUUGAGACUCCUACAGAGAAGCAGAAAGUGGCUUAAAGGGGUUUCCUUCUCCUACGGGAAGCUGGAGAGAGGGGUCCAGGCCCUUGAAGCUGGCAGAUUCUCGAUGUCCCCUGCUGGGAAGUCAGGCUUUUUCUGCCUCACGGGUCAGGUGAGGCGAGCGAUUUGCGCUGAUGCGGUGUCUGUUGGCAUC